AGCAUGUUGACAUUUCUCUAAGUGUCAUAUCUCACGAGCCUUCUUUCGCUGAAGCUACGCGAGAUGUACAUAUAACACGAAUAUACAUACGAGCAGAAUGAAGGAGCGUUUGAUUUUAAUAAGAGCUAAGAGGCGGUACUCGCGGUACUCGGGUGUCUUCUCGUACGUAUGCAGGCACACGCACACACCGAAGUAUCGGCCCAUCGGUCCGCCGGCGUUUGAACGAAUCGGACACUGCGCGGCUGCGGCGCUGCACGACGGAGCGUGCGCCGACGCCAUUGCGUGGAGAGCGAGCAGCGAGCGGUGCGAGGAGGCGAGGCGAGGCGAGGCGAGAACAGCCGAAAUGGAGGAGAGCCAAACAUCGGAAAGUGUCGCGGUGCUACCGGACAUGUCCGAACCGUUGACGAGCGAGACCGAGGAGGCGGCCGCGCUAACGAGCGAGCACGAGGCGCAUCCCGUCGCGGUUACAGCGAGCGUCACUUCGGUACCGGGCGUUCCUGGCGUUCCCGGAGUCGGUGUGCCGGUUUCUUUGCCCGUGGGUUCCAUUAUCGGCGUAGCAAACUCUACCAAUGGCACGACCUUCAACGUCAUCACGCCAGAGCAGCUGCAACUGCACUCAGGACCAGGGCAGCUCAGACAGAUGCUAUGCGUCGAUAAUGGCUUUAUUUGCGAGCCACGUAAUGACAAGGACACGGACCCCUUACGUUGGAACGGUGAGCUGAAAGCGACCCAUAUAGUAAUACAAAACAGCACAGAUGAAACGGAAUCGGAACAAAUUCACGUGUCCACACCUAGCUCUCAACCAAUAUACAGUUGGUCUGAGUCGGCUAAUUUGGCGGUGUUACCUGUCCGAUGUAAAAACACAAAUGCGGAAUUGCACAAGAGCAGAUUUGGAUCAGGCGGUAGAGGACGUUGUAUCAAGGUAGGUACGGACUGGUACACACCCAGUGAAUUCGAGGGCUUUUGUGGGAGGGCAUCUAGCAAGGACUGGAAACGAAGCAUUCGAUUCGGUGGAAGAAGUCUACAAACUCUUAUUGACGAGCAAAUCUUAAAACCUCAUGCCACUUCUUGUACCUGUGCUGCCUGUUGCGACGACGAUAGCGCAACAGGACCAGUACGUCUAUUUACUCCAUAUAAACGCAGAAGAAGAACAAGAGACACGUCUGAUGGAGAGGGUGUUCCCUUGCGUAAACAUAAAAACGAUAAUUCGCGAGAUGGUAGUAAUAAUGACGAGAGCGACAAUGAGGUUGUCGUUCCUGACAAAGAAGUCUGGCCACAGUUUGUUUCGACGGAUGGAUUGGUUGUGCAACAACCGCAGGAGCAGGAUUCUGUUGUGCAGAACGUGCAUCAAACAGAGAAUGGCCAAGGCGACGAUAUGUUCAAGAAAUUUGAUGAAUUGUCGGCUAAGAUGCUGAAGUUGGCUUACGAUUUUAGACGUGCGUUAGACGAGGUAAAGGAACUGAAUAGGCAACAGAGACGAGAACAGGCGCUGGUUGCUCAACUUGGAGGACGGGGAGACGUUAUCGAGACCGUCGGACUGCAACCAGCGUCCGACGCGCAUAAUAAGAAGUGUGCCAACUGUAAUCGAGAAGCGUUCGCUGAAUGUUCCCUUUGUAGACGCACGCCAUACUGUUCUACCUUCUGCCAACGUAAAGAUUGGGCGAGUCAUCAGGUGGAGUGUGUGAGAGGUGCGGCCGAGACUGUAAUGCUCAUAGUAGAAAGCAGCACUACAGAUACGAGCACUCUUCCAACGGCCGCGACGGACCAAUAACUAAUGUUCCUCACGCCAGUUCACCAAAGGAAUAUAGGGAACGAGAAAUCCGACGUGGAAACGUCGAGAUUCAAGGAGACGAAGACUUGAGAGCACGUAUUGUACGAGCCCCAUGAGAGUAAAACGAUGUAUAUAUAUAUAAAUGUAGACAAAUGCGAUAGAAAAUUUUUUGUACGUGUAUAAGUUAAAUUAUAAAAAGAAAACAUAACUCUCCUGCAAGUCUGUGAAGAACUUCGAGGUUUUUGGAAACCAUGUCCAGAUUCAUGUAGUUACGUAGUAACGAAACAGUAUGUCUCAUAUCGAACGGUAUGAAAGUGUGCAAUGUAUGUACAUUGUUUUAUAUAAUGUUCGAUUUAAGAUUAACCCUGGAUCUUGUGAGUACGCCCGAUAGCUACUAACGAUUAGAUUUAAGCAGCAGCUUAAUAUU